CCGCUGACUGAGGGCAGAGCCGGCCGACGGUUGGGUUUCGAGUCCGGGGGCAGCCGGGGCGCCAACCUUCAGACCCCGGCACAGACCUAAGCGGUCCGGCGUGGGAUUCCGGCACCGUCACAACUGUGGUUGCCCUUUGGCCGCGGACGCUGCCGCUGCCGCCGCCGCCGCCAUCACCACCCGUAGAGGACGCGGUCCGGAGAGGCCUUUGGGCCUAGGCGCGGCCUGCGGAGCCCGAGGUGUUGCUGCCGGUGCCUCUGUGAGUAAUACCUGCGCUCUGUCCACAGCCGUGUGCAAAUUAAGAUGGAGGAAAUUUCGUUGGCCAACCUGGAUACUAACAAGCUCGAGGCCAUCGCUCAGGAGAUAUACGUAGACCUGAUAGAGGAUUCUUGUUUGGGAUUCUGCUUUGAAGUACACCGGGCAGUCAAAUGUGGCUACUUUUACCUGGAGUUCGCCGAGACUGGUAACGUGAAGGAUUUUGGCAUCCAGCCGGUGGAAGAUAAAGGAGCGUGCCGCCUCCCUCUGUGCUCCCUACCUGGAGAACCCGGGAAUGGGCCUGACCAGCCGCUGCAGCGCUCCCCCCCUGAAUUCCAGUAGCUGCAACACGGAAGAGCCUGUGAACGACCAGGACACUUACAGACCGGUCCUGUUGCUUGGAAAAGUAAGCUAGGUAGAAAAAAUAAGUCACAAUUUUCCAUCAAGAUCUUAAUCCUUAAAGACGCAAGGAGAGUUUAGCAGUUCAGAUCCUGGUAAAAUUUCUAUCAUUUGGGACUCUGAAAGCUGGGGCAGGAGGAUUUGAACUGCUUCCUCAAGCACCAUGUGUUACAGCUGAUCUCUGAUCAUACCAGGAUGUGUACUACAGGUCUCUGUGCUACCCCCAGUGUACAGAUAAGCAGUUGUGUGCCCUGAUUGCGAAGGCUUUUGUUUCCUCGGCCUUUCUUACUCCCUGAUGCCAGGAACUCGCUGGAUAACAGUAUGGACGGACAUUACUGAUCGUCAGACCCUCAUCUGUGUGCUUUGAAGGAUCACUGUGUCCUUGGUCCCAAUAAGAAGAAAAGGUCAAAGCCACUUGUUUAUGAAAGGUCCAGCAUAUACAAUGACUUCAACAGACUUGGGGACAGGGGCUGGCCGUUGGCUGACUAGAACCCACUUUUGUGACCCUCUUCUGUUGGCAUAGGCCUGGCAAAUAUAAAAACACUGGGUUAUGCAGGCAGGCUGAGGUACAGUUAUCCCCUGGGCAAGUCAUGGGGCAUCUGCAACUAUGCACUAUCUCUCAACAAGACUCAUAUCUGGAUGUAUUCUGCUUGGACAAAACUUAGUGUGGCAGUCAUUUUCCUACUGAAUAUCUAGGUACUUAGCAAGGCUAAGGGUCUGACUUGGUCACUAUGCCAGAACGUUACCUGCCUCCCUCUCCAAGGGCAGCAGUAAAUUAUAGGGGAGUACAUGGCAUUGUGUGAGGCAAUAGCUUUAAAGCUGAGCCCAAAAGGAACAUUUUCCAGCUGCCCUCAAUAAUGUGAAUGGAUGAGUGCUAAAAGCCAAGGUGCAGAAUUUAGUCAUCUCUCGUUUGGACUAUGUGCAGAAUCAAUGGAUGCCCGUUUCCUUGGAUUAGGCAGUAAUAUCAGUUAUUUGUGCUGAGCAUCCAGACUGUCAUCGCCUCCAUCCCCUCACAGGGGCAGCCCUUUCCUCCUAGUCCCCUUGGACCUUCUUGAUAAUAGAAGAUGUCUUUUGUAGUUGGAAGUCAAGGAAGGGCCUCUAAAUUCCCUUCAUUUCAAAGAAUGGGAUGGGGAUGUUGGGAAGGGAAAACUACAUAUCAAAACUACUUGCCACUCAUUAUUUACUGAGAGUUGGUGAGGUAUAAAGGGGUCGGAGCCCCAAGUUAGCAGGUUAGCAGGAACGGUGCUGCUUUAUUUAAAAUGUUUUCUUACCUCAUUCUGUGUCCCAGUUAGGGGCCGUCCUUUCCCUUCUGGCUAGGUCCCGUGUCUUCCCUUCCUUGCUUUUACGUUAUCUGAUGCAGCCCGUUUCCAGGUGCUGCUUACCCCCCUGGCUUCCGCAUUGUUUCAUUUCAGUUCAUCUCUAGUCAUCCUUUUUCUGAUGCCUGCCCAGUUUCCCUUUCCUUAGCCGCUGUUAAGUUUUGUUCUUUUUGGUUUUUUCCUGUUCUUGUUGAAGACUCCGAAGACUCUUGCUUAUUGAGUCCCUCUGUUGGGACUGGAUAGGAAGAGAACUUAAUUUUUGUGUUUGAAAGGCAAUGUCAUGCCUAAGCAUUUCCCUUUUAUAGGACUGCCUUGUAAAUAUGCCAUCCUGCUGUGGCUUACUUCAUGAGGAGUUAUAUCUUCCCACCUCACCUUGAACACUGCCUCUCUUAGGACCUAAGCAGAAGAGCAGUAAAAACUGACUGUUACACACGGGAAUGGAGCCUGGUUCUGAUCCAUUUCUUUGAACCCCUGCUGUGCAAUUUUUUUUUUUUAAUGUAUUUUUUGUCCUUCCAAAAGGAACUUCUUGAACUAUUUGGGCUGAUUUAGUUUAUAUACUCAAGAAGGUUAAGGAAUCUUAGAAAAAAGGCCUCCAACACCCUUACUGUAAUCUAGAAUUGCCCUGGUCAGGGUGGAGAUCUAGUUACAAGUUGGUCUUUUUCCAAAAAUUGUGAUAGUUUCUUAAAAAGUCAGACUUUGACAGUACCUAACUAAUUUUGAGGCCUAGGUCUUCUUUGUUCUUGACAUUUUGUAGACGUCGUAAGGGCAUGCAGAAGCAAAGGAUUUUGGUGGGACCACAGCCUAUUUUCCCAUCAUGUCAUGGAAGCAGGUUGAAGGGGGGUUGGGAUCUAUUAGUCCUUCAGAGAGAACCUAGAGCAUAUCAGUACUGUUUCCACAACAACUUCUCAUUCUAGUUGGAGGAGGAGGGCAUGGAAAGUAGUUUUGAGUAAAGGUUUAUUUAUAUCCCCUCCAGUUUUGUUUUCUGGGGGUUUUGUCUUUGCCCCCAUAGUCCCCUGCCCUGGGUGAUUAAGAGAUUGACUUGGUCCACAGGUCUCCUGAGGGAACAAACUUUUUCUUCUGGUAGGAGUGAAUACCCCCUACCAUAUAGUUAACAAUGGUUAGGAACUCUUCCUUCCCUUGAACAGCAGAAUCCCCAUCCUUUCCACCUCAAUUAUGUGUAUUGAUCACCUUGUAAUUCUAUUAUAUAUCUUGAGUGUGUGUGUACGGGGGAGAGGGGAUCCUUUAUAAAUUUCUGUGGUUUGUGGCUUUUUCUUGAAUACAUUAGCUUCCACCACCGCAUGCCCAAGGACCACUGCCUGGCAUUAUAGCAUGCUGGGAUCAUUUGGGGGAGGGUAGUGAGGCUCACCACUGACCGUUGUUUUGGAGAAUCUUAUUUUUGCUUAAGUAGUCCAUCUGAUACAGAUAGCUAAAUAAUUCUGUGUAUUCCUUUUGGCCCUAUGGCUACUGGUGUAAAUAAACUGCAUCUCCCCAUUGGUAAACAGUAAUAAUAAAAGUGACUAUUUGAGUUCUGUAUGUUAAUCUUUCAAAUUGUAUGUGUUUUUCAGGCAUUGACAUGGUAAAAUAAAUGGUGAAUCUGUUGAA